AUGGUCGACAUCGUCCCUCUUUGCUCCUACCCGUCAUACAUCGAUCUUCUCCCCUCCGUCCAGACUUGCAACAUCACAAAUCUCCCCGAAAACUACUUCCUAAAGUACUACUUGUACCAUGCCCUUUCUUGGCCUCAGCUUAGCUUUAUUGCCGUUGUCAGAUCGUCUUCCAAUGGUAGUAAGAACAAGCAUGGAGAACACCCCAAGGUGGUGGGAUACGUGCUGGCCAAAAUGGAGGAGGAGCCUACGGAUGGGUUAGCCCAUGGACAUAUUACGAGUUUGAGCGUGAUGAGAACGCAUAGGCGGCUGGGAAUUGCAGAGAGGCUGAUGAGAAUGAGUCAGCGGGCCAUGGCCGAAUCCCACCGCGCACACUACGUCUCGUUACACGUCCGCAUUUCUAACAUGGCUGCCCUGCAUCUUUACCGUGACACUCUUGGUUUCGAGGUUGAAAAAGUCGAAUCGAAAUACUACGCCGACGGUGAGGAUGCGUAUGCCAUGCGCAUGGACCUGCGUAGCCUCUGGGCCAAACAGGAUAGAGAACGGGGAAAUAUCAAAGCUGCUGCAGGCGAUAACUCAGAGAAGAAGAAGGCUGCUGUUGGAGAUGGUGAUGAUGAUGAUGCUCAAGACGAAGGUGACGAGGUGGGCAGUAUGGGGAAGAAGGAGGAUGGGGAGAGGAUGGUUAAGGUAAAGAUUGGAAGGGCGCUGGGGGUAGGGGAUUUGGUCGAAAGGAAUGAGGCGGUGCGGUGA